AUGGAGAUGGAAGGAGAGCGCCAGGAGGAGGCCGACAUUCUCAGAUUCGACGACUUCGAAUUGGUAAGGGAGUGUGCCAGGGAUGUAGCGGUGGAGAAGGUGAUAAAACACAUUCGGUCGCAAGCGAAAUUCUCGGUAGCGCAAACGCGCACGUUCCUGCAACCCCUCAUCGACGAGGCGUACACCGCGGUGGUGAGGGCGAAAAAAUACUGCGCCGAAAUUGAGCUGUUGAGAAAGGAGAAAGCGGACCUCAAUAACCGAAUGCGUAAAUUGCAGGAUGGCUACGAGGAGAGCGCGAGAACGGAGAAAAUGAAGCCACGAUCUUCCGAAAAUUGGCAAGAGAGCGGGCGCGAGAGGAGCUUCGAGGGAGCAACUCGAGACAUCGAGCUGUUGGUGAGUAUUUUGGAGCAAAGAGGAGUGGACUCGGUGGAAAAGCUGGUGGAGCUGUUCGACGAUGUCGAGCAGAAAGAGUUGAGCUACGAGGCAAUGAGAGAUAAAUUGCAGAAAGCUAGUGCGGCGCGCGAAAGGUCGGGUUCGAAUGUUUUUGGUUCAGUCUUUAAGUUUUAACUAGGGUCGAGUGGUGAGCACCCUCGAGCCUCUGGUUUUGUUAUUGUGCUGCGUGUUUAUCCACGUUUUCGGAAUAAAACGUCGUAAUAACUCUUGUGUUUUGUAUUUUCCCGUCGCAAGACGUGCUUGGAAGUGUGCUGUGAUUUUAUCACGCGCAUUUUUCCAACUUGGUUUAAUUACCCAAGUUUGAGCAGCACACACGGAAGGGAAGACAAAAAGAUGGCACACACAACGGUUUUCAACACAGAGAUCAGGAACGCAUUGGGGAGGUACAACCCGGAGGCUCGGAUGUGGGCAGAUACGUCUUAUUGGGCUGAUAUCUCAUUGCGAGGUAUGUACAGCAAAGUCUGCCAUUGGCAUGCAAUCACCACUAUUGUGAACGGGAGAAGUGAUUGCGUUGUUCUCGAAGGGUGUGAAACGUUGCAUCGCCAAGUGUUGGAGCAAAGGGAUGGAAAAAGCGCAGACCUGGCAGUCAUACUCCCAAACAAGAUUGUGACCGCAGAGGUGAAAGUGCUCAAGACGGCUCGCGGAAGGGAAACACUUGAGAAGACGUUCGAGGCUGCAUUCCAACAGCAUGACUUCACCACCGCUGUAAUCGUGUUCUUUCCAAAGUCUAUUGGGGGUUUUGACUACGAGAUUCGAGGAGAGAACCAUGAGGUAUUAAACGACCUACUCCAAGCGAACAUCGCAGAAGCCAUCAAAGGAUUGGACGAGCUGUCGGAGACAAUCUCGCAGAUUUGUGUCACUCAUGGUCAGGACUACGGAGCAUUCAUCAGAAUGGAGGAACAGUUUCUAGAAAUAGACGAAGAUGGAUCUAAAGUCAUAACUGAGGAGGACAAAGAGCUCUCGAAGAAAUUCAGACGGGAAGAUCCAACAAAAUUAAUCGGGGAGAUUGCUGAUUGGGCAGAGGAAAGUGAAAAGGCGACUCUGGAGGAGCUCAGACUCGAAGAAAUGAAGGAAAUUAUGAACAGUGGGGAGAGAGAGAAAUUUGUUGAGCUCAGUGAAAAGAGCCUGAAACUUGAGAUCCCUACAGAAAAGGACGGCCCACCACAAAACUACCAACCCUUCUGGCUCACAAGUGGCAGGUGUCCCGUCAAAACCGGAGCCGAGACGGACUAUGAAGCAUUUGACGCGCUGAAGAAGAUGAUGGCGACGACAAGCAUUGGCGAGUUCUAUGAAAGGGGAGUUAUUGUGGGGUCCCGGCAAGUGUUCAACGAGGAGACCAACCUAUUCGAGACAAAAUGCGUUCCAAGGACUGCCAAACCAGAUCGGAAAUCUCAAAAAACUGCGAGAACUCGACCUGGAGGAGAACGAACUGGAGACGGUGCCCACUGAGAUCGGUAGGCGAGUCGGAUAUUGUAGAUCAAAGCGACGUUGUUCAGGAUUCUUGCAACAUCUGACCAAGCUGUGGGUCCAAUCGAACAAGAUCAUCACCCUGCCGAGAUCCAUCGGAAAUUUGUGUUCCCUUCAGGAUCUGCGACUCGGAGAGAACAAUUUGACGGCGAUUCCCGAAGAGAUUGGUCGGUUUUUACACUUGUCUGGAACUGAAAUUGCCAGAUUGUAACUUUAUGUGCAAAUAAUACCUAUUCAGUCCAGUAGAAUACUGGUAUUUAACGCAAAAAACCCUAUUCAAAUGAGGAAAAAUACAUUUUCCUCUAUGGAAACCCUGUUCGUGGCGAGACCCGUGCUAAUAAAGGCAUGCGCCUUUAAACAAUUUAACAGAGCGCCCGGUUGUGUUUAAAGGCGCGGCGCAUGCCAUUGAAGCGCGGGUCUCGCAACGAACACCGUUUUUUUUCUCUAAACUUUCUUUACAAUUAGAUGAAACAAUGCCUAGAGCAACAGCAUGAACAUUUAUUUUUCCUCAAAUGACUUUCAUGAAACACUUUUUCCCGUUUCAGGUCACCUGGACUCUCUGAAAUCCCUGUACCUCAACGACAAUUCGUCGCUUCACAAUUUGCCGUUCGAGCUGGCACUGUGCCAAUCUCUGGAAAUCAUGUCGAUCGAGAACUCGCCGCUCUCGCAAAUUCCGCCCGAAAUCACUGCGGGCGGUCCGAGUCUCGUGAUACAGUACCUCAAAAUGCAGGGCCCUUAUCGAGGAGUUGUGAUGACGCAGGGACAGUAA